CAGGAAAAGCCGCUUUGCCUGUUGGCGCUGGUUGGCCGCCUCAGCUUGAGUUUUGCCACUCAUUUUUGUAGCUGACGCGUCCCGGACUACCCUGGUUGGUUUGGCGGUUGGCAGUGGCAGUAAGUGUUUGUGGCGAGUGAGGAUGUAUGGUCAGCACGGAGGGCACAACGGCCCGUCACGGGCGCAGCCGUCCCAGGUGAGUGCAGUGCGCAGGAACAGACAGACAGAGAGGGCGGGGAGGGAGGGCUUAAGUAUAUGAUCUCUCUCUGUGUGGCUGGGUGAUGGACAUGAGUGACACAGCCUGGAUGAGAGCGUGGUGUGUGGGAGACGGCGUGUGUGGUGUCGUGUGGUGUGUGUCGGUUGCAUGUCAUGUGUCACUCAGGGCAACUGGACGAAGGACUGGAACUUCUACGUAGCCUUCAACAAGGAGAACGAGCUCACCGUCUACGUGAGUGGGAGUGGAUGCCUGUCCAUCUGUCCAUCUGUCUGUCUCUGCGUGUGUGUGUGUGUGUGGUGUGAUCGAUCAGCUGGACCCCGAAACCAACAAGAGGGAGGGACAUGACCACUUCACCAUGGGUGGGCUGAGCCAACCACAGGAAUGUGAUGUGUGUGAUGUGUGUGAUGCAUGGCAUGCAGACGACAAUGCGUGUGUGGAGUUCUGCACGUGGCUCAGAAUGAACCUGCCCCAAGUGCGGCCAAAGGGAGGUCAGUCGACUCACUCGGGGCACUAGGGCACUGGUGUCAAUGCCGAUCGACGCAUGGAUGGAUGGAUGGAUCGAUGUACCUGCGUGUGUGUGUGUCUACGUGCGUGCAGGUGCGCCGCUGACAGCGGUGGUCAACAUGGCCAACAACAGGAUUGGCGACAGGGGAGUCAAGGCGCUGACAGUAAGCACACACACACAUGUUUGUCUGUGGAGGUGUGCAUUUCCACACCACUCGCCACAUACACAUCUGUCUGCGUGUGUGCGUGCGUGCGUGUGUGUGUAGGAGUGCUUCCUGGCCACCGACGUGCAGCCGCGCAUUCUGAAGCUGUACAAGAACCAAAUCGCUGGGGACGGUGCGCAGACACACACAUGGACCAUACCGGUUUGUUGACAUGUGUGUGUGGGGGUGUGUGUGGGGGGGUGUAGGUAUGAAGGCGUUGGCUCAGAUGGUGCACGACCUCAAGGGGCCCAUCAGCGAAAUACACCUCUCGCACAACAAAAUCGACGGUGGGUACACACAUGGACAUACACCCUUGCCAUGCCAUCCCAUCACACAUGUCGCCCGGUGUGGCGUGUGCGCAGAGAUGGGUGCGACUGCGCUUGUGGCGGCCAUCGCCAACCACCCCAAGAAGGUCUACCCCCGGCGCAUGCCCAACGGCAAGUACUGCCCCGUCUGGCUGCGACUCGAGUACAACCUCAUCAGCAACCACGACAAACGUACACACACACACAAGGAAUGCAACAAACCGAAGACAACACAAGAGCUCUCGCGUCAUUUCUGGUGUGGUGUGGUGUUGUGUGUGGUGGGUCGGGGGGUGUGCAGUGCUCCGUUUCGUGCAGCAGAAGGGCAUCAGCAUCUGCACCGAGACCAAGCGAGCCUUCUGCGGCCCCACCUUCUGCAAAGUGGCCGAAAGUGGCAAAGAUUGUACGCACACACCACACACCACACGACAACACACACACACCAAUGGCCCAUAUGUGUGUGUGUGUGUUUCUUGUCUGUCUUGUCUUGUCUUGUCCCAGGUCCGCUGCUGCACCUGUAUGCCCUCAACCACCAGGGGGAGGGUCGUGCCCCCAACGGCUCCAUGGCCCUCACCAACGGCAGCUACCCCGCACCAGGACGCGCUACACAACACACCACGCCCCGUGGCCCUCCGCCACACCACCACCAGCAGCAGCCGCCCUCCACCCACAGGCCCGCACUACCCCCGCCGCAGCGACCACUGGGUGGUGGUCCCGCCACGAGGCCCAACAUGGCGCCCAACGUCGGCGGCAAGACGCCCCCCGGUGGCCAGAUGCCGCCAGCACGGGGACCAGCUGCACAACAGGUGAGCGAGCGAGUUGAGAGAAGGGGGAAUGCAUUGAUUGGUGUGCCUGCUCACUGUGCCUCUCCUUCCCUCUCUCUCUCUCUCUCUGUGUGUGUGUGUGUGUGUGUAGUCUGUGUGGCAGCCGCGCCCCACACCAGCAGCAACAGCAGCCGCAGCCGCAGUAGCAGCGGCAGCACCGGUGCCCGUGCCGGCCCCAGCAGCUCCGGCCGCCCCAUCAGCCCGGCCGGCAGCCUCGCCGCCCGAGGCCAAGAACCCACCACCGACCACCACCACCACCACCACCACUACACACACCACGAGCGCCACCACCAGCAAGAAGGACACCAACAGGAAGCCCCCCUCCGACGAUGGCUUCGGCAACUUCGGCGACGAUGAUGACGACGGCGAGGAGGACUGGGCCACCCCCCCGCCGCCCACCAAACCCCCUCAGAAGCAGCAACAGCAGCAGCAGCAGCAGGGAGGGGGUGCGUUCAGUGGGGGCAGCACGGCGGCCAGCGCGUCGGCGAGUGCGUCGGCCAGUGGUGGUGGUGGUGUUGGUGUUGGUGAGGGUCCUCUGCCGUGGGUGGAUGUGGACCAGGGGGGUAUGAGCGUCAGUGAGAUCAAGCAGGCUUACCGGGACCUGCACCGCGCGUAAGGCUGGGAAGGAGGGAGGGGAGCAGACAGGCAGAGAGAAGGGGGACGUGGUGUAUGUAACGUGUUGUGUUGGAUUCUCCUCUGUGUGUGUGUGUGUGUGUGUGGUGCAGUGCUACGCAGGAGGUGGACCGGCUGACGAGAGAGCUGCGGGCGGCCAAGGGCGGCCGACCCUGACCACAGACAUACGCGAUGAGUGAAGCGGAGCACGCCACUGGCUUGG